GGGAUCGCGAGGGAAACGGAACUUUGGUCGUCAGCGUAAGUGAUAAUGGUGAUCACGUGAAGAUUCAUAUGAUGGGGUGACAGGAUUGAGCGCAUUAAGGGCUGCAUGGCUUUUUGACAGAGCCAGAGUGGAACAUGCAUACGUGGGUAGGUCGUCUCCUCGAGAAGCUGGGAGAGCAGGCACCUGUCAGGAAUGAGGAGCUGAGGAAGUGCAUUUGAUUAUUGGCGGGCGUAACGAGGGGUUGGAGGGCAGAGGGAGGGAGGAAGGAGGGGUGGGAGGGGUGAUAGUGGAGAGGGUGAGUAGGAGGAUAGAGUAGGGGUUUAACGAUGACGUUCAUUCAGGGGUCAUUGAUGACCUGGAGUGGGCGCCAUCUCAUCAGGAGAAGCACGCGCGCAAUUAGAGGGCGAGGUGGUCCCCCCCCCCUCUUGGUUUCGCGGCAUCUUCGCUGUGAUGCUCCCCCCACAUGUCUUCGCAGAGACGUAGUAAGAGGGCGAGGUGGUCCCCCCCAAAUGCCAAAACAGUUCCCAGUGAUAGAGCCAUGGGUUGUGCGGCUGAGCUCUUCCUGUAGCCUGGGGAGAAGAUCAAUCUCGCAAGCGAAGAGUCUCUGGGAUCACCCAGAGAGGGGGGGGGAGGGGAGGGAGGCUUCCACCAUCAGCUGUCCGGGGAUCGAAUCCCACCCACUGAAGAAGGUUGAUGUGGACCAUGUAUCGUGGCGCUGGAAGAGGGAGGACGGAGCUGUCCCCUUCUUCACGGAAACGGAAUCUUGCCAUGUGGCAAAAAGAUCGCAUGGUGGAACAAACUGUUCGACCGCAUUAGCAGCGCCUUCGUCUUCUCCUAUAAUCUCUGCUUCUUCUUGUGCUGCUGCUGCUUCUCCUCCUCUUCCCCUUUCCACUCGCGUCUCUUUUGCUACUUAUGUACAGGUUUGCCCUGACUCAACACGCGUGCGAGGCUGCCGUGAUCCCAUCCCUGUGCGAUGGCUCUCCAUGUCUACUCCCUCUGUGUCCUCGUCGUCCUCUCCCUCGACCCCUAUUUCCCCACCUUCCUCCUCCUCCUCCUCCUCCUCCUCCUCGCCGGCACCGCGGGCGGCAGACGCGGCGUCUGUAUCUACCUCCUCCACAUGGGAGGCGUCUGAGAAACGAUCGAGACCCGGAGAUGGGAUUCCGGCCACGGCCACGGUGGCGGCGGCGCCGCCGGCGCUGGAUGAUAUCGCUGAGGCAUGUGACGUGGCAGUGGAUGAUUUGUCCAUCACCAAGGCGAAGGUGAAGCUCGCGCAGGAGAAAGCGGCUCUCGCGGAGGCGAGCGCGGGUUCCAAAGAGAAGGGACAGGUUUUGCAGCAGGCGGUGAAGCUACCGGUGGGCGUUUUGGCACGUGUCGUUCAGGCGGUUGUGCGGUUGGGUGCGGUUUUGAGAGCCAUUGCUGGAAUGAGUAGGGCAGAUUGGCAGAAGAAGAUUAAAGGAUGGAAGAAGGCGGCCAUAGCCGAAGCUCGACAUUACUGGCUAGGGACGAAAUUGCUGUGGGCGGAUGUCAGGAUCGCGUCCAGGUUAUUGAUGAAGCUGGCGAUGGGGAAAACGCUCAGCAGAAGGGAGAGGGAACAGCUUACGCGAACCGCAGCCGACGUCUUCCGCUUGGUACCCUUCGCGGUCUUCAUCAUUGUCCCAUUCAUGGAGUUUUUGCUGCCGUUCUUUUUGAAGAUUUUUCCAAAUAUGUUGCCGUCAACGUUCCAAGACAAGAUGAAAGAAGAGGAGAACAUGAAGAAGCGACUCCAUGUACGGCUGCAGUAUGCGAAGUUCUUGCAAGACACAGUGGCUGAGAUGGCGCGAGAAGUGAAGAGAAGCCGAACUGGAGAGAUGAAAAAUACAGCUGAGAGUCUUUCAGAGUUCAUUAAUAAGGUUCGGACAGGAAGGCGUGUUUCCAAUGAGGACAUUGUGAGCUUUGCGACUCUCUUCAAUGAUGAGCUAACACUUGACAACAUUAGCAGUUGGGGACUCCCUGCUGCAGCGCCCACCAAGGUGAUGAAGAUGGCUGCCACUAUAGCCAGGAUCAAAGAGGAUGACAAGCUCAUUCAGAGUGAAGGGGUGGAAUCCUUGUCUGAGGCAGAGCUUCGCGCUGCGUGCCGGCAGCGAGGUAUACUUGGAAGCAACAUGUCUGUUGAGGAGAUGAGGAGUGAGUUGUUGGAAUGGCUGGAUCUCUCUUUAAAUCGUUCCCUGCCAUCAUCUCUUCUGAUCCUUUCACGGGCGUUCAAUGUUGGUGAAGUUAAGCCUGAGGAGGCCGUGCAAGCAACCUUGUCAUCGCUUCCAGAUGAAGUUGUUGAGCUUGUAGGAAUGACAGCAUGCCCAAGCGAAUCUGCGUUAAAGGAGAAGGAGAGAAAACUUGAGAUUUUGAAAGAACAAGACGAGCUUAUCAAGGAGGAGGCAAAGAUGGAGGAGAGAAGGGAAAAGGAAGCCAAGGAGCUGGAGAGGGACAGGGCUCUUGAGGAGAUGGUGGAAUCUACUGCAGCAGAUGCACAGAAGGAGGCAACUGCAGAACUUAUGGACCAGAAGGAGCAGCUGUGCAAGUUGAGCAGUGCCCUUGCUGUUCUUGCUUCAGCAUCUUCAGUUUCCAAGGAACGGGUGGAUUUCCUGAAUCUUGUCAACAAAGAGAUAGGCUUGUACAACAGUAUGGUGGAAAAGGAGGGGACAGAGCAUGAGGAAGAGGCAAAGAAGGCUUACCAGGCCGCAAGAGAAGCAAGUGAUAGGGUGACCGUUGACAAAGAUCAGCUGGACGCUCUCGUUCACCCGGGAAGCAAAGUGUCUUCUGUGCUGAUUGAGAAGGUUGAUCGAAUGUUACAUAAGCUGGAAAAGGAGCUGGAUGAUGUGGAUCAGAAGAUUGGUGACAGGUUCAGGGUCUUAGAUCGAGAUUACGAUGGUAAGGUCACACCUGAGGAGGUUGCUGCUGCUGCUGCGUUUUUGAAAGACAGUCUCGACCAUGAGCCUCUUCAGGAGCUCAUUGCACGACUCGCUAAGGACAAAGAUGGAAAGAUUCUGGUUGAGGACAUUGUGCGGCUCGGGGCUGCCCAGGAAUCUGAUGGAUUGGAAAGUGAGCGCCAACCACAAUGAAGUUUGCCCCUGCUGGUCUAUCGCGGGAAAAGCAAAGAAACAUGUACGCAACUCGUCGACAUUGUACAUCUGCUCCAUCCACCAAUUGCUGCUUUCUAGGUCUUUGAAUUAUCGAGUUGAAGUUCUUGUACAACGUGCUUUGGACAUUGUGAUAGAAGAUUUUUGGUAGAGGGUAAGGCUUGACUUCCUGCUAAUCAGGAGUCUUUUUGUGGUGAGAGUUGGUCAGAGUUAGGAGUCUACGCCUGGUUGCAAUCCAUAUCAACCAGCAGUCCAUUUUUCAUUGUGAGAAGCCACUAACUGAACUAGCAUUACAUGCACAGCUCCUUUGGCAAAGUGUCGAAGCCAUUUUCCUGCUGAGUUUCAAUUGCUUAAGAAGUGAUGAAGUGUGCAGUCUCGACCAUAGUGAGGGGUCGUCGAAGUGGUGGUUUUUUGUGUAGAGGGUCGUGCGUUUGACUGCUUCGUGUACUUGCUGUUGUGUCCUAGCCUCCAGGUGUCUUGUGGACUACAUAUAUGCAGUCAAGUGGGAGAAAUUUGAGGUAGGGAGAAAGAGAGAUUUGGACGAGAAUGUUUCAGGUGAGAAAGUGGAAGGGACAGAGACGUAGGGAGAGGGAGAAGAAGAGUCGGGUAGUGAAGAUGCAUGUGCCGGCUGCAUGUGUAGUAUUGUGUACGUGCAAUUGACGAUGAUGGAGAGGUUUGGUGUGAAUGAUUGGUUACAUGCAGAACUGCUACCGUGAAUGGGUGAAUCUCGGCGCAUGGUUGUUUUUUCGACUGGCUUUGUACUCUUUUUCAGUCUGUAUUUGAGUCAUCGACCAGUACAUUUCCGCUCCUGUCCCUAAUGUUCUGAUCAAUAGUAUGUUUCAGCUUCUGCGCAGCUCCCUACCGUUUGGUGAACUGUCCGUUUGACAGUUUGACUGUCGUCUGGCAAGGCUGGACUGGGCGCAAGUUUGCGGUCUCCUAAAUACCAGCGCACCUUUGGCAGGAUUGAAAUUUUCUGCAGUUGCACCUGUUUCUGGGGUCUGAAUUCUUCAAGACAAGUCAAUUUUUUUAGCUUGACAAUCCAUGGUGGUCGCUGAGAAAUGUUGAGUGUCUCGCUCUUGCAUGUGCAUAUAUAACCUUGCAAAGUUUGGGUCGUUUUGGAUCUUCUUAACCUCUUUCCGAUUAUGUGCUGAGGGUCAAUACUUGAAACUCUGGAUGUUUUUUGACAGCAUGAGUCGUUCAGCCCACUGGCUUGAUAAUGGUGCCUGUGAUC